CAUGGCCGUCUCUGACUCGCAAGGGUCGCUAGACCCUCGUCUGCGCCCCAAGAAAGCGCUGCCCAAUGUUCAGCGUGUCGGCUCCUCCCCUUUGCACGAAAGCAGUGCGACGCCUCCUGCCCUGGCUUCCCUCAGGACAGCCAACGCUUGGAAGCUCGCUGCAUCUCUCCCCGACAAGACCCCAACUGGUCCUCGCAGCCUAAACUCUCACCUUGAGAGCCUCAACCAAGUCGCUUCACGUGUGGCACCUGCCCCUUCUGCCAUUAGUAGUGCUCCGGUCCCUUCGAAGUCUCCCCCUCAACCCGCGCUUCAAGGCCCUGCGUCUUUCACCGAGUGGAGCCAGCAAGACUACAUCGUCCUCUAUCGUGCUCUGGCCUCAUGCAUCCCCCUCGAACUUCAUGCGCCAGAGGUAGUCGACGCCUUCAACAGCCGCAGCGCCAUCACUCGAUGUCGCGAGGAUAUCUUGGCCAGGGCUCUCGAGAUUCAACAGAGGCCCAUUGAGCCCGCGCUCAAAGGGAAAUCAGACGCUGCUCAUGCUGGCAAUUCGUCUGUCAUCAAGGACGCAGGCACUACAAAUGCAGCACAGCUUGCUGGUGUCAGCGCCGCAGCAGCAGCCAUGACCCCCAUCGAUGCAGCCAAGAGCACUGGGUCCAGCAAGCAAACCCUCGAUCCCACGGGCAGCAGCAAUUUAGCAAACAGUAGCCAAAAUGCCGGCCCCCAUGGCAGCGAGCACAAGAGAGAUGAGCCUCAGCCUGCUGAGCACGCAACCAGCGCCUCAAGCAAGUCACGUUCUCCUCGCCAGCACGGUGGGCGUGACGGCCCUGCCCUCAUCCUGGAAUCGGACAGGAAGCGCCUCAGGGUCGAAGUUGCACCAAGGGCUAGCAAAUUUCUCUACCUCCCUACUGAUGGUAGCGUCCGCGUCGAGCUGCCCUAG